GUACGUUUACAGAUUGGAAAUGCACGUGUAUUCGUGUGUGUCUGGAUUCGCAGGCAAACAAAUCUCUAGCGCACAAUUGCAGUGUUAGUGGACCGCAUACCCAGAAACGUCGACUUCAUAACAUCGGGAAUACAUUGUUAUACUCUACCGACAUAUGAAGACGGAGGAAUUUCAACAGAAAACGAAACAGUAAGAUCUACAAGCUGUCCUUUGAGAAUAGAGAGAGUGCUACAGAGGCCAAAGAGAAGAAGACCGAAUGGCCAGAGCCUGACAAGAAGCCUAAUUUCCCAGUGGCUGUUUUUACACUCUUUUUUUUCUGCACUGUCACACUCCAUCUGCCUCUGUGGCAGCAGCCAAGUCUGUUUCAUAACGACCAGUCGUGUCUGUUUUUCUGAGCUGAACAACAAUUUCUGCAGUUAGCAAAAAAAUUUACACUUGCGCUACUUGAUUUGAAGUUCCAGAGGAGCUGAGAAAAAGGACAGGGUGGUGAGACACCUGGAUACAACAUGGUUUUUGUUCACAGAACAAAUCUGAAGAAUGUUUGCACCAAAAUGAUUUCCCACUGUAGUUCAAGCAGUCCAACAUAGUCAACUUAUUCAACUUUGUGUAAUCUAUUGUUGGGUGAAUCUUAUCACCUUGGUAACGGCUUAUUUUUACAAUAUUAUUAUGAGUGAUGACAACUCAGACUCCGCCCCCAGCAAUGAUACAGAUAGAGGAGCAGGAGGGGUCGAGAAAAAGGCAGGGCUUGUAAACCGAUCCUGCAGCAUGAGUGAGAGUUCUCCCUCAUCAAAUCCGGGAAAUAGCGGGACAUUAUCAUCUCCAGGAGGGGUAACUGAUCCCAAAGGAUCUGCAGGUGACAACCAGGGGACAAAUUCCGAUGAUACGGAUGGACUUUCAAGUGGAAAUGACUCUGGGGAGAGGGAAAGUGAAGGAAGGAUGGAGAGAGGGAAUGGAUCCAGAGGCAGACAGUCGAACAGAAGUUAUCAGAGUUCCUCCAGUCAGAAUGGAAAAGACUCAGCCAUGUGUCUGGAGACUACGGAGAGCAACAAGAGCUCAAACUCUCACAGCCCCUCUCCACCCAGCAGUUCUCUGGCUUACAGUCUGUUGAGCGCCAGCUCUGAACAAGACCCGCCAUCCACCAGCGGCUGCAGCAGUAAUCAGUCUGCUCGCGUCCAGACCCAGAAAGAGCUGAUGAGAGCCCUGAAUGAGCUGAAGAUCCGUCUGCCACCAGAGAGAAAGAUGAAGGGACGUUCCAGCACUCUUAACGCCCUCAAAUACGCCCUCAGCUGUGUCAGACAAGUCAAAGCCAAUCAGGAGUAUUAUCACCAGUGGAAUGUUGAGGAGUGUCAUGGCUGUACUCUGGAUCUGUCCACCUUCACUGUUGAAGAACUGGACAAUAUCACCUCAGAAUACACGCUCAAAAAUACAGACACAUUCACAAUGGCGGUUUCGUUCCUGUCAGGGAAGGUUGUGUACAUAUCCCCACAGGGUUCAUCUCUUCUGCGCAGUAAGCCAGAGAAGCUGCAUGGGGUUUUGUUUUCUGAGCUUUUGGCCCCCCAGGAUGUGAGCACCUUCUACAGCAACACUGCGCCCUGCAAACUACCUCCUUGGGCCUCCUGCAUCGGCUCUGUCUCUCCAUCGGUGGACUGCACCCAAGAGAAGUCCAUGUUUUGUCGCAUCAGUGGAGACAUCUCAACCAGUGGCGACGUGAAGUACAACCCAUUCAGACUGACCCCCUACCUGCUUACGCUCCAAGACUCUGACGCGGCUUACCCUCAACCCUGCUGUUUACUCAUCGCAGAGAGAGUGCACUCGGGAUAUGAGGCCCCUCGCAUUCCUGCAGAUAAGAGGAUAUUCACCACCAGUCACACCCCCAGCUGUCUCUUUCAGGAGGUGGAUGAGCGGGCAGUUCCUCUAUUAGGGUACCUGCCUCAGGACCUGGUGGGAACCCCAGUCUUGCUGUACAUCCAUCCAGAUGACAGACCCAUUAUGGUGGCCAUCCAUAAGAAGAUUCUUCAGUUUGCAGGCCAGCCGUUUGAUCAUGCUCCCUUGCGUAUGUGCGCACAAAAUGGAGAGUAUGUGACCAUAGACACCUCUUGGUCCUCCUUCAUUAACCCCUGGAGCAGGAAGGUGGCCUUCAUUGUUGGCCGCCACAAAGUCAGAACCUCUCCACUGAAUGAGGAUGUCUUUACCUUGCCGAGGGGUCUGGAGGAGCGUACCUUGUCACCAGACGUCGCUCAGCUCAGUGAGCAAAUCCACAGGCUCCUAGUGCAGCCCGUCCACAGCGGCAGCUCUCAGGGCUAUGGCAGCCUGGCCAGCAAUGGGUCACAUGGGCACCAGCCCAGUGCCGCCUCCUCAUCAGACAGCAGUGGACCAGGUCAGGAGGACCCCUCGAUGCUCCACAAACCUAUGACCUUCCAGCAAAUUUGCAAAGAUGUUCACAUGGUGAAGACCAGCGGACAACAAGUCUUCAUUGAAUCCCGCAACCGGCCUCCUCCUAAAAAACAUUCCAUCGCAGGUGCUUUGCAAGCAGGUGAAGCAGCAGAUCCAGGCAGCAGUCCCGGUCCUAGUGCUGCUCCACCCUCGAAGAGCUCUGCACCCUCAAUGAUCGUGCAGAAGGAGCCAGCCACCACCUUCUCUUAUCAGCAAAUCAACUGCUUGGAUAGCAUAAUAAGGUAUCUGGAUAGCUGUAACAUCCCAAAUACGGUGAAGAGGAAGUGUGGCUCUUCCUCCUGCACUGCCUCUUCCACCUCUGAUGAUGACAAACAGCAGGAUGCUCCAGGAAAUGCUAAAGGUCCGUCUGUGUCUCUGGUAGAGGAGAGUACAUUGUUACCCCCAAUGGCCAUGCACAGUAAAGCUGAAAGUGUAGCCUCGGUCACCUCUCAAUGCAGUUUCAGCAGCACCAUCGUCCAUGUGGGGGACAAGAAACCUCCUGAGUCAGAUAUCGUAAUGGAAGAGGCCCCGCCUACUCCGAAUGCUGCCACUCAGCCCCAAGUUCCUCCCACAAUGACGUCCUCUCUGCCCCUUAGCCCUGCUCCUGAUAGGGAUGCAGGGAGAAGAGGAGGUCCAGGAGGAACAGGGGUAGCUGGAGGAUCUGGAGGAGGAGAAAGGUUGGGUCUCACGAAAGAGGUCCUGUCGGCUCACACACAGAAAGCGGAGCAGAACUUCAUGUGCCGCUUCAGAGACUUGAGCAAACUCAGAGUGUUUGACACAACCUCAGCUGUGCGCCGACAAGCAACUGUACCCUUAGCAAGAGGUGUGCGCUGCUCUCGUGAUUACCCAGCAGCAAGUAGUAGUGGGCGUAGACGUGGUCGAGGAGGCAAAAGACUAAAGCACCAGGAAACUUCAGAGCAAGUGGGAUCUCAUAGUCCAGCUGGCCCACAACAAGGCCUCCACCCUGGAUUUCCCACUCUGGACAGGUCCUCUAAUCCCUCCAUACCCAUGGGUCCUGCAGCCAGCUCUUCCUCCUGGCCCACCUCAGGGUCACAAGCUAGUGUUCCCUCUGUCCCAUACCCACCCGGCAUCCUUCCUUUAUAUCCCCUCUAUCCCCCUUUCUCCCAUCCCAUGUCAGACCCCAACAUACAGACAGGACUACGCUUCCCCCUUCAGAACUCGCAGAUGUCACCUCCCAUGGUCCACCCAAUGAUGGCGUUGGUAUUACCCAACUACAUGUUCCCACAGCCUAAUAUGGGCUUGCCUCAUCACUUCUACAGCCCAAACUCAGCUUUCCCUUUCCCCGCUGCCAACACAAUCGCCCCUGCGCCCUGUCAGGCCCCGACCCCUGUCCCACGUGCCCACUCGCGCUCCAGCACCCCUCAUUCCUACAGCCAAAGAGAGGCCCUUGAGAGAGAAGGGACAGAGUCUCCGCUCUUUCAGUCCAGAUGCUCCUCACCCUUAAAUCUGCUGCAGCUGGAGGAGUCUCCAAUCAACCGGUUUGAGGUGGCAUCAGGGCAACAGACCACAUCUCCUAUGGUGGGACAAGGGGGUGGAGCAGGAGGACAGGCCGCCUCCAAUCAGAGAGGUUCAGCGGUGGACUCGAAAGAGAAUGAAAAUGGUGAAACAACAAAUGAGUCCAAUCAAGAUGCCAUGUCCACCUCCAGUGAUCUGCUAGACCUGCUGUUACAGGAGGACUCGCGCUCGGGCACUGGCUCAGCCGCCUCAGGCUCUGGCUCAUCAGGCACAGGCUCCUCUGGGUCGGGCUUGGGGUCUUCUGGAUCAGGGUCCAAUGGCUGCAGCUCUUCAGGAAGUGGAACUAGAAGCAGUCAGAGCAGCCAUACAAGCAAAUACUUUGGCAGCGUGGACUCUUCAGAGAACAGCCACUCCCGCAAGCAGACAGCAGAGGGUGAUGGAGAGGCACAGUUCAUCAAAUGUGUCCUACAAGACCCCAUCUGGCUCCUCAUGGCCAACACAGAUGAAAAGACUAUGAUGACCUACCAGCUGCCCAUCCGAGACCGAGAUUCUGUGUUGAAAGAGGACCGUGCUGCUCUGAGAGCCAUGCAGAAACAGCAGCCUCGCUUCACUGAGGAGCAGAAGAACGAGCUGAGUCAGGUUCACCCUUGGAUCCGCACUGGACGCCUGCCUCGUUCUAUCAAUGUUUCUGCAUGUGUGGGCUGUAGGUCCUCUCCGCCGGUCCCCUCUGCGGCCCCCUUCGAUGUGGAGAUCCACGAGAUGGAGUUCUGCAGUGUUUUAGAGGUGACGGAAGAGAAACACACCCAAGCAGAGACAGCCAUGGAGAAGAGUGAGGCUGAAGCAGAAGACAGAGAGGUUGAGAGUGAUAGAACUAUUAUGACUUCACAAAUCAACGACCAUGAAAUGGUGAUAGAAGAACAGGAAGUGACUUCACAGAUCGAGGAGGAAAUGGGUGCCUCACUUACACAGAUGAUACACUAAAGACACUAUGAGUCAGUGGGAUUCUGAUGACAUUCGUGUACUCAUUAAAUUAUCCAGUUGUAUUUAUUUCUAUAAAUAAAUGCUAAUUAGCCAGGAAGGCUGACAGAUGAUGAAUGUAAAGCAGAAAUGCUUUGUUGAAAGACUGUGAUUAUCAAAAAUUCAGGAUAUUUUGGUUAUUGCAAAGGAAUGAUCUGUUAGCUGGUUUUUUAGACCACUCUGGAUUUGAUCUCGAGACACCACCUGUUCAAUUCUAGUUGUAGUGACCCAUUUUGUGGCGUGCUGAACAACAAUUUCAAAUGUCGUCGAAUGGGUUAAGAGCUCUUCACACCAAGGACGAUAACUAUAACCAUGACUAUAAAGCUUUAAUCAUCUAAUUCUAUGAGAAUAGGGAAGUCCACACCACAGCUAUAUAACACGAUGGCACAGAUUAACAAUAUCACUGGAAUCACUUUCCAAACAAUUUUUUUUUUUUUUUCCAGAUGAUGAAUAUGUUGCUAGCCAAUCAGAGUUCAUCCAACUUUAAAGAGAUUGAGCAUUUAAAGCGGCAAAUGACAAAGCUGCAGCGCACGAUUAUAAAUAAACAACAUUAUCGUACCUUGGUGUGGGCAUUAAUAAAGUUAUGGUUAUAGUUAUCGUUAUUAGUAUGAACCUUUAAACUCUGUGGUGGAAAGUCGAUUUAGGUGUUGUAAGAUGUGCAUUUAGGCAGGAGAACAGAUUCACUGCCUUUUGAGGACAGUCUAACUGUUUCUCAUCUUGUGCUUUUUGACAUUUUCCCAGAUGUUAUGAAAAUGUUGCAAUUUUUUACAGAUAUAUAUAUAUACAAAGUAGGAAUUUUUGACCAAAUUUACACGCACACCUUUUUUUGAUUGUUCUGUAUAUUUUUUUAUACAUUAUUGGUGCAAAAUUGUUAAUUGUUGAAGCUUGGAUGAAUUGUGUGAAAUGAAAUGCAGCUCCACAGAGAGUCUCGUUGGUCUGUUACGGUUCACUUUCACCACUUGGAUGUCACUACAGUAACCAUGGCAACUGUGAACUUUCAAAGACUAUUUGUAGCUCAAGGCAUCUUCUUGGAGAGUAGCACUUAGCAAAGGGAAGCUCCAGAGGUCACGGCCAGAAAAAGCUGCCGCCCGUUUCUGGGUUGAAAGAGUGGAGGCUUUUAAUGGUCUGGAUGUGAACUGUACCAUCAAAGAAGACUUUUAAAUGGAUAGUUCACCCAAAAAUAGUUGUUGGGUUAUCUUUUAUGUUCCACAGAAAAAGGAAAGCCAUUCAACAAAUUCUGACCAAUUAUUUGGGUGAAAUGAGGAAUGCUGGCAAUCAGUUGUUGGCAUUUUCCUCUUGUUUUACCUUUUUGCUGUCCGUUUCAGUCAUGUGCUCUUUGACUUCAAUUUGUCCUUGAACAGUUUGUAAGUAUUUUGUGUAUUUCUUUAUAUAUGAAAAAGAAUAAAAUGAAUAUGACUCACAA